AUAAAUCUCUGCUGACUCUCCCUUACCCCUUUCUUCCUUAUAUCAUUACCCUGAAAGAGAGAUACAUACGUAGAUACAUUUUUCAUUCUUCAAAUAAUGACAAUUUCAGGUUCAGACUCACAAACUCCAACUUCCACCACAGUGAACACUACUAGUAUCAAAACUGUUAAUCAAGUAGAAGUUGAAUGUGUAAAAUGUGACUCAUGCGGUUUCACAGAAGAAUGCACCCCUGCAUACAUCUCAAAAGUGCGUCAGAGAUACCAAGGUAGAUGGCUUUGUGGUCUCUGUGGUGAAGCUGUCAAAGAUGAAGUUGUUAGAUCAGAGAGACUUAUCACUGUUGAAGAAGCUCUUAAUCGCCACAUCAGUUUCUGCACAGAGUUUAGAUCAUCAUCUACUGUUAUCAAGAAAACAGAACACCCUAUUAUUGUUAUGACUCGAAUUCUUCGUCGGAGUUUGGAUUCUCCCAGAGGACCCAGACCUCUCCGAUCAAACUCUACCGGAGUUCUUCCAGUUGUUGAUGCUGUUCGUUCUUCACCGUUGAUUCGAUCAGAAAGUUGCUUCUCUUCUAUCUCUGGUUAAAUUAUUCACUUUUUCUUUAGUUUAGACUCUGAGGUAAAUAAAGAGUGUCGUUUUUUUCUGUUACUGUGAUUAAUGUUAAAAAAUAAUACUGUGAUUUAUGACAAGGAGUCUUUAACAUUGGAUUUAUGUUUUCAUUGAUUCAUGAAUCAUGAUGGAUCUGUAAUAUGUUCCAUGUGCUCACAGUUUCAUACUGAUGAUGAGUCAUGACUUUACUGCUAGAUUAUCUUCUUUUAAUUUUUUCCUCUCAUUUUCAAUGUAAAUAGUAGAAAUCUUGUUCAUUUUUUUGCUUAUACAAUGUCUAAAAUUUGGUUCUUCAA